GAUUGUCAUUUGUCAGUAGUGUUUGGUUUGGCGUUUAAUUUUCGGUUAUCAGUAUUUUGCCAAACAAAUCUAUAAAUAUCUGGAAAAUAAUGAUAUGUUUGUGAAAUUUACCCCAUCAUAAAAUAUUCGGUUGACCGAAAGUAAGUGGCGUUAACCAUAUUUUGUAUUUAGGUCAACCGCUUAUGAACAAAAUUGGUUACCGAUAAUCCGCAGUUUGUGUAUCUUCAAAUAUUGUAUUAAUGAUACAAGAAGUUCCCUGACAUGGCUGAUAAUGAUGACUAUUUAGAUUCGAUUGACAACAAUCAUCUAGACGGGACCAACGGUUCCCUAAACAUGACCGACAGCAGCCUUGGCGGUGGGGAUGAGGCAGCUGGGGGAGAGGUGCCAGACCUGGCGGCCAUCAAGGCGCGCGUGCGCGAGAUGGAAGAGGAGGCAGAGAAGCUCAAACAGAUGCAGACGGAGGUGGACAAGCAGAUGAGCAUGGGCAGCCCGCCUGGCCUCACAAGUCCACUGAACAUGUCGAUUGAGGAGAAGAUAGAGGCCGACAACAGAUCCGUGUAUGUGGGCAAUGUGGACUAUGGGGCUACGGCUGAGGAACUUGAACAACAUUUUCAUGGCUGUGGCUCCAUUAAUAGGGUUACAAUAUUAUGUAAUAAGUUUGAUGGACAUCCUAAAGGAUUUGCGUACAUAGAGUUUGGUGACAAAGACAGUGUACAGACCGCCAUGGCCAUGGACGAGUCGUUAUUUAGGGGGCGUCAGAUUAAGGUGAUGCCCAAGCGCACGAACAAGCCGGGGCUGUCGUCCACGAACAGACCGCCCCGCGGCGCGCGCGGGCGCGGCCGCGGCUUCCGCGGCGGCUACUCGUCCUACUACUCCGGCUACCGGCCCGUGCGGCGCGGCAGAGGUUACAGGCGCGGCAUGUAUUACUCCCCAUACUGAGUGCGGUAGAGGGGCCGCCCGCGUAGUGUAAGCGCUCUAACGUUAGUGGACCCGCCGCCGCCGCCGCGCCGCGACGCCGAGCCCCACUCCCCCCUGCCGUCUACCCCCGCCCCGCCCCGCCCCGCCGCACCGCGAGACAGAACUUACGUUUAGGUUAUGGUACACGUUUCUUUCCACCGCCGCACCGUCGCUGCCGGAGUCGUCUAAAUAAUAGAACUCACGGCCCCGCUUGCAGUUCUCCGAAAUCUGACAAGAUUAAAAAAGUAAUAUAGGUUGGUAUAGUUUGUAGCUUUCUAAUAGAGCCCGACGGCUAAUCCUAUUGUCUAUUGUUAAGUAAAACCGCACGUGCUACUUACCUGCAAAAAAGGGUCUUAAUUAUUAUAUUUGGCAUCUGAGCGCGGGCUAGUCCAACGCUCAAAAAACCAGUGUAGGUGCGCUCUCCAAUAACGCGCCUUUGUUACGCAUCUCGAUGACACAUUUUAGACUGGUUCUGGUUCUAGCGUUCGUUCGACUAGCCGGCACUCAGUAACCGAAGUACUGAAUGCCGGCGAGUUGAACGGACCACACACAUCCUAACAAAAUAUUUAUCCAUUAGUUUAUUUUUAAUCUUAUUGCAAUUUCCAUAGGAGUUGUAAUUCAAUUACCUGGGUAAAGUGAACGAACGAUUUUUUAUGCAGGUGGUUGUGGCACGUGGCACGAGCGGUUUUACUUAAUAAUAGACAAAUGAUUAGCCGUCGUGGUCUAUUAGAAAGCUACAAACUAUAACUAGCCGCCUCCGACUUGAACAGGAUCGCAAGCGAGGCCGUGAACAAAGGUUCAAGCGAGGACAUACGCAACGAAACUACUAGUGAGGUAGCCACGAUAAACUAGAUGUCCAAGUUGUCUUGUCUGGUCAAGUAUACAGUCAAAGAAUUUAAUUUCCGAUCCAUUUCGUACCUUGUCAAUUUGUCACAGUGACAAUCAAUAUGAAAGUCGCUAGAGGCCUCAUACUAUUGUCACUAUGACAAAGUCCAAAAUGGGUGGGAAAUAAAUUAUUUGACUGUACAUGAUUAAUUAAUAGGAAAUGUUAGGGAGGAACGACUCGGAUUAUGUUUAAGCCUAUUGAAAUAGUAUGUAAGAGAAAUAUUGACGAAGGCGACUACAAACUAUUUUAAAUGACUCAGAAAUUACUAUUGACCGGUGUGAAUCUUAUCUAAAUAUAGAUAAUUAAUUGUAAGCGUUUUGUUGAGCGUGGAUAGGUGUGCCUAAUAAUUUUGUUAGAUGUUUGAUCUUGUAGCAUUAUCGCGUUUUAGAUGUUAACACGAGGUGAUGGUAUGCAAACAUGCGGAUAACUUUAGAGAUGUAGAAAUGCUAGCCACAAGUUUAAAGUAUGAAUUAUCAAUUAUAAUGAUCUACAGUAUUUUCCUUGUAUUGUGUUGUACAGUUUUUCUUGUUCGUUGUAAGAUCACUUUUAAAUAUUACGACAUUUUAAAUAGAAGUAAUUAGUCACAUUUGGUUGUAUAAUGGAUGUUCCAUAUUGUGUCAGUGAAUUAAUUUAUGUCAUCUUAUAUUCCAUGUUUAAUUUUUUGAAAAAAAAAAAUGAAAUAGCACUAAAAAAGUAUUAAGAAAAUGCAAAAAAAAUGUGCUGAAUGAAUGAGAAAUAAUAAUUAAGAAUAAUAUUAAGAACGAA